AUGACACACCAUCUGCCUCAACCUCUACCAGUUCGAUUGAAGCUUCUGUCACCGACGACGAUUAAAGUUCCAUCGGAUCAAACCUUUAUUCACUUCGGAACGGUAGAAAGUCCAGGGUUUAUAUUGACUCUCAGUUUAAGAAAAAGAGAAUUUGCUGGCGACCAGGGUGGAGUUUGGAUUGAUUACCACCAUACUUUUAAAAGGAUGACCUGAAUGAAACUUAUUUUGUUGGUAAUGUUGAUGUUGAUGAUUCAUCUCUAUGGUUGGUCAAAUGUACUUAUCAGUGCUUUGAAAAAUCAAUAGCUAUCGGGGAAUGAGGUGGAUGGUGUAAAUGUGAAGGAAUUUUACUUCAGAUGGGUGUGUUCAUGACAUGGAAUUGUGCUUAGAUUAGAUUGAAUUCUUUCUAUACAAAAGAUUUUAGCCAUGCGGAGCCAAACGAAUGAGCUUGAAAAGUUCUUGGUUGAAGAUGGACUGUAAAAAGAAUCUGCAAGAGGCUAUAAAAAAAAUAAAUACUGGCCUGUUAUAGAAGGCAGAUCCUCAGUUCAUCAGAAAUGACCGGUUGUUGAGAAGAUUCCUUUUCAUGUGAAAACAACACUGAUGGGAUUCUGGGAUGGACAAUUAUAUUUACUUCAGGACAAAGAGAUAGAGCAUACAACAAAACUCAUCAUAGUUUCAUUUGUUUUGGAAUUUAUUCUUCAAAAAUUGUUUAAAUGACCAUUAAAGGGGCU